GCAGAGAAAAGCAGCACUUUUGAGUGGGGCACGACGACCACGCAACUACAGAGGGAGGGGGCGAUCCAAGUUGGUGGAGACGUUUUUUGUCAUCCAUAUUUUUUCUAUAGUCUGACUACAAACCAAAAACGCACAAAGAUGAGCAUUUUCAGCUCUGCGCUCGUCUUUGAGGAGGCGCCAGCUGGCAAAGGCAAAACCAAAUCCACCCUUCAGUGUGUGGAGUUUUUCUGCAACAACCUCUAUGUCGGACGGAAGAAUGCAGUUAUCCAGCAUUUCGCUGUCACAGACUCAAGUAGAGGAGAAAGCCCCAGAGUGCAGGAGGUAUGGAGGAGGCAGGUGGGCCGUGGUGGGACCGUUACCCAGCUGAAGACGGUGCCAGUUCUGAACCACCUUCUCGUACUCUGCGACGGCACCGUCACCGUGGUGAACAUGUUCUCCCUGGAGCCUGUCCCAGGCUUGAAGAGCAUCCAGAACGUGUCUCUGUUUUACGCCGGCGAGCCUGCUGCUCAGGCGCAGCCUGUGUUCGUCAAGCUGUUCAUAGCCUGUGCCAGGAGGAGGACGGUAUGUAUAUACAGGGUGUGCGUGGACAGAUGGGAGUGCGUGGGCCAGGUGCUUCUCCCGCAGGACCCCGUGGCUUUGGUCGUGCACGAGACACGUCUGUGCGUGGCCACGAGUGACAGAUACAUCCUCCACGACUACCUGAGUCAGAGCACUCUCAAGCUCUUCACACAUAACAUGGGAAAACAAAACGUCAUUGUGAAGGAAAGCGUGAAAGGGGAGUUCCUCCUCAACGGGCCAGGAAACUUGGGCAUGUUUGUGAUGCAGAACGGUAUAUCUCAGAGGCCUCCGGUUCAGUGGCCUGAAGGCGUGUUGGAUGCAGCAGUGCAGUAUCCCUAUCUGUUGGCUCUGCAGAGCCAGACACUCCAUAUCUACAGCAUGCUGGACCAGCAGCUGAAACAGACUAUUUCCAUACAAAGAGGCAAAGCACUUCUUUCCACCUCAGAAAGUGUUUUUGUAGUUGCUGAGCAGCAGAUUCAUUGCCUGUCCCAGACUCCCCUGGGGGAUCAGGUCCAAAGCCUGCUUGAACAUGAGCGAGUGGAGGAAGCAUUGACACUGCUGGAUGGGGUUCAAGCUCUCUUGCCAGGGGACUGUUAUAAGGAGCUGCACAGGAAAAUUGUCCGCACAUCUGGAUGGAUAAACUUCUACAAAGAGGCUUUUCCUGAGGCCAUAGAGCUUUUCAUUAAAAGUGAACUGGACCCAAGGGAAAUCAUUAGCGUUUACCCAUCAAUGGUUGUCAUUGUCAACGACUUCGAACAUCAGCUUCCUGCAGUGAGCAACGUCAGGGACCUGUGGCAGCUAAAUCAGGAGGACCGGACAACAUUUCAACAAUAUCUCAGCUUCUUAAGCCACUUCUUAAGAGAGGUCCGUGGGACGGCUCAGGGCCAGAUCUGCCCUCGGGAGGUUGACACGGCCCUUUUAAAACUGUACUUAGAGCAGGGAGACUACGGCAACUUGAACCAGCUUGUGUCAGCACCUAACCACUGCGUACUCCAUGUGUGUGAGCCAGAUCUGCAGCAUCACAAAAGAUUUUUCGCAAUUGGAUUGCUGUAUCAAAGCCAGGGUCAACCUUUCAAUGCAAUUCAGACCUGGGCCCGAAUUGUGGAUGGUGAGGGUGACUCUUCACAGACUGUUCUCCUGCACAUCGUGAAGACUCUAAGUCAGCUGAAGCAGAAAUCAGUUAUUUUGGAGACCAUGGACUGGGUUCUUCUGAAAGACCAAAAGGCUGGGGCAUUAAUAUUUACAAAGAGAGAUCCAGACACCCAAAGCAUGUUUGCUCCAAAUGAAGUUCUAACCAUUUUAACACACUACCCAAUUGCUCUGACUUCAUAUUUGGAAUUUCUGGUCCAUGACUUGCAUAGCAAGGAGGAGAAGCACCACACCCUGCUCGCCGUGACAUAUGCCACACGGAUCCUAGAGACUGCAAAGGGAAUGCAGGUCAAUGAUGUAACCACCCAGGAGACAAGAGAGAAACUGCAGCAGUUCCUAUGGCAAUCCUCCAUCUACGACACCAGUGCUAUACAUGCAAAAAUAAAGUCCUCACAUCUCCAUGUGGAGAAAGCUAUCCUGCUGGGUAGAGCUGGAGAACACCAAAAGGCCCUGCAGGUUCUGGUCAAUCAAGAAAAAGAUGUAUGCGCUGCAGAAACCUAUUGUUGGAGGACCUCUGCUGGACAAGACAGGAAGUGCACCCAGCAGCUCUUCCUCUGCCUGCUCCAGAUCUAUCUCGGGUCCGGCCACCAUGUGACCGCUGCGGUAGAUCUCCUCAACAACAAUGCCAUGGCUUUUAAUCCGGCCAGAGUGCUGGAGGUGCUUCCUGGCUCCUGGUCCCUCCAGCUGGUGAUGCAUUUCCUGCGUGAGUCACUGAGAGCAACAACGCACGAGAGGAGGUUGAGGGGCCUGGAGAAGAGCCUGGCGAAGGUAGAGAAUCUCAGACAAAAGUGUGCCUGGAUGGAGGCAGCACACGAAAAGGUCAAACUAGACAGAAGCUGCGUGUGUCAUUGCUGUCAGAGGCAGCUCACAGGGCCUGAAUUUCUGCGCAGACCUACAAGUGAGGUUAUUCAUAUACACUGCUACAGUGAAGACUAGGACCACUGAAUGCUUAAAACAGCCUAAACCGACAAACGUGUCAAUAAAAUUAAUGUAAACAAUAUGGAUGGAGCAUUAGAACAAAGGAGAAUCCUGCAAAAAUAAUGGAUUAUGGAAAUAAUAAUGGGUUAUGAAAAGUUGAUUCUUGAUUCUUCACUAGAUAUCUUGAUUCUUCAUUAGGAAUUCCCACAGUGACUAGAGUUUCAAUGCCUAGAUAUAUAAUCUUGGAUAUAUAAUCCCAGAUGUAUAAUCUUACACUUAAUAUAGCCAUUAUUUUGUGCAUAUGUAGUUUUCAUAUAUAUUUAGCAGAUUUUAUUGUAUCCUGUUCCAUUCAGUUUAUUUGAACAUACAGUGUGAGUCACAUAAUAUGGUCUACAUAAACAUUUCUACAUAAACA